AUGAGAGGGCAACGAAACGGAGAGAGAAAUAUAGCGUCAACAUCCUCCGUGUUUGGCUUGCCCUCUACUAUACCUAUACCUGCGAUAAGCCAACAGCAGCAGCAACGGCGUUCUAGUACAGCAGCACAGUCACCCCCAAGUGGAUUCUUACGAAGACAGAGUUCUACGCCAUCUACACCACCUUCUGUCGAUGUUUUAAUGGAGGAUACAAAUCAGCUUCAACCGCAAUUCCCACAGUCUGGUGGAUAUCAUAACGGUAAAGUCACAAGUCGUCCAGUUAAUAGACGUUCAAACUUACUACCAAAGUCUAAGAAUUUCAAUAGAGUACAAGAUCAACUUAUUCAAGAAACAAUUCCACAACAGUAUGAAGUAAUAUCUGAAGCUAAUGUACAAAGGUUAUUACAUAGCGCACCAGCAUCACCAUUAUUACCGAGAACACCUAAAGCGAAAUCUAGAGCGAGUGCAGGUCGUUUCCCAGAAUCAUAUGUUGAUGAAGACGAAGAUGAUUACUUAUUCGGUAAGAUGUCAAGUGAAUCAGAAGAUGAUAAUACAUCCGUAGCUACAAGUAAUCCAAUAGGAAUGAGUGAAGAUAUGGAAAUGACUACAUCUGAUCAUUCUAACAACACUGAGGCUGUUCAAAAAGCAAUGCGUCCACCACCAACUAAACCACCAACUAACACUUGGACAGAAUUUCGUGAACCAUUACAUCCCGCUAAAGCAUCUGCUUCUGCUUCACCUUCAACGAAUGUUUCACGUCUUAGUCAGGGUAAUAUAUUUGAUAUGGAUGUUUCAACAAGUUCACCAUCUGCAACAACACCAGGACAUACAGGUAAAGCACCAAAAAGGAAAUUAACUGAAACAGAUAGAUAUGAACCAUAUGCAUAUAAUAGUAUGAAAAGACGAGCAGUUUCACCAAGUCUUGCGAUUUCAGUUAGUCCAUCAACGAUAAAUACUUCAAACGGUGGAUCUAAUAAUAAUAAUAAUAAUAAUAAUAAUACAACAUGCACAAACUUUAAAACAAAAAGAUCAAAUAGUUCUCAUCAACAAAAUUCACGUUCAUCAAGUCCACAAUUAAGUUCAGUAGUCGCUGCAGCAAGUACACCAGGUAAAGGUAGUGGUAUGGGAUAUGGUACCACAGCAUUAGGAUUAGCAGCAAGUUCAGGUGCAAAAUGGGGAAAUGAUAACGUUAUUGGUUUAAACACUAAUGACAAUGAGUCAGCAUUAGAAACUGGUUCUUCGUAUACAUCAGAAGAAGCAAUAAAAUCACGUGGGGAAGGUGUAGAUGGUAUUUCACGUAUGAGUUUAGGAUAAAGAAAUUAAUGAACUUUCAAUAAUAACCGUUAGAUUAAUAAUAAUAGUAAAAUUGUUUACAAUAAUGAAGAAGUAAAAACAGUCAUACCAUAAUGUAAUUAAUGUUAAGUAAAUGUAAUUAAAUUUCUGGAAAUUGUUGAUAAUUCAAAUGAUUGGAUGACUAAUUGAAUUUUGAAAGAUAUGAAAGCAAGAAAAAUCUCUACUCCACUGAUCCAUGUGCAUAUACAUGAGCAAUUUGCGGAGUAGCUGCAGGUGAAUUUGAACUAUUGGUAAAAGGAAUAUUAUUAAGUGUCGACGAUGUAUUGGUACUACCGUUAAGAUGUUGUUGUAAUUCUUUUUGAUGUUUCUGUUGUGCUUGUCUUUGUUCUAAGGUUAGACCACCAAGUAUAACAGCUUCAUCGAUGGAUUUAAGCGCAUCAGAUUCAUCCAGUGAUUUAUUAUUAAGCGCAUGUUCAUAAUGUAUCCUUUCAAUUUCUCCAUCUGUAAUUAUACCAUGUAUCCAUUCAUGUUCAAGUAAAUCUUUCGGUUGUACUCUCAAUUCAGGGUUGAUUUCUAACAUUGGUAGUAAGAAUGACGUCAAGGUUUCAGCUUCUUCUUUAGACAUUAAAUACUUCUCUCUUAAAACCCUAUCCAAUGGCCAAUAUCGUAAUUUAUGUAUACGUCUUAAUUCACCUCUCCUGUUGAAUAAAUCGAGGGAAUAUUUACCGUUAAUAAAUUCUUUUGGAAUAUUUCCCAAUAAUUCCAUAAUUUGCGCCAUAUGAUCGUCAUCUUUACCAUACUUUGAACCAGCUUGAGGAUCAAAUAAGUAAUCACCAGUGAUUAACUCAAAUAUCAUACAAGCUGUUGACCAUAAAUCGGCCGAAGGACCCCAUUGUCCACCUAAAAUUACUUCUGGGCACCUAUAUUGUCUAGUUUGUAUAUCAUUCGUGAAAUGAUGAUCAAUCCAACAAGCAUUACCUAAAUCAGCAAUUUUACAUGCUAAUCUUUCUAAACUUUCAGGAUCAUAUGGUGCGGUUGGUAUAUCUUCUGAUGUCGGACUAUGUUGUUGUUGUUGUAAGUGUGGUGGUGCAUGUGAAGGUCUUGGAUCUUGUGGUAGUGAUGUAGAAAAUGGUGAAUCUGAUGCUAUUUUCGUUGGUUCUCCAGGUUGUGGAUUUUGAUUUGUUAGUGUAGUUUGUGAGGUUGUGGGGAUAUUAGAUGUACUAUUAUUUGCAGUAUUUGCACUUGUACUUGGUUGUGAACUUGGAGCUUGUUGAGAUAACAAAGAAGGUCCUUGUGGUUUUGGUGCUUUGGCAGUUGUCUUCUCGCCAAAGUAAUUAUCAUCUUUGAAUGGUUUAGCAAGUGGUGAAGAUGCUUUAUUCUCUAAUUUCACACCUUUGAGAUCUUGGCCAAUGGUAUCAGUAGCAGAUGCAAAACCAUUGUUAACUUGGGUUGAUUUAAAGCUACUAGGUGAUUGUCCAAUACCAGGUACACCUGAUAUUUUCGACAUACCAAAACUCCAUUUAUCCAUCAUUGGACUACCAACUAGAGAACUUGAUGGAGAAGGAAGUGGUUGUGAACCUGUAAUGAAGAUACCUUCCCUUCUAGGAGUUUGAGCACCACCUCUACCUUGUGAAGGUGGUACACCGACCAAUUUCGUUGGUACAGCUUGAGGGGUGUUCUCUAAUUCAGCUCUAACGACUGCUUCAACGUCAUCAAUGCAAAUUAAAACAUUUUCAGGUUUUAUAUCGGUGUGUAUGAUACCGCAUUUAUUGUGCAUGUAAUCUAAACUGAGUAAAACCUGCUUUGCGACUUGUUUGACGAUUGGUAUAGGGACACCUCUAUGUUGAUAACGCUUAAUCAAACCCAACAAGUUCUCACCUAAAACUUCAAAAACCAUACAUACGUGACUACCAUUUGGACCUUUAUGACGGAAGUGAUCCAGUAAGAGAACGGAAUGCCUCCGACCUGCAUGACGAGGUUCAGAGCUGACGAGGCGUUGUAAUAAUUUUAUCUCAUCGAGUGCAGUCUCUGUGUAGUGUGGAGCGGAUUUAACAAUUUUGAGAGCAACGUGUUUGUUUGUU